AUGCAGCCCCCCGUCAAAGAGGCCGUUAUCACUGACCUGCAGAGCCACGAGCUCGACGGAUCCAACGCGGACGAAGAUGGCACGCGAUACGACGUCACGGACAUGGAUCGCAUGGGGAAGGCCCAGCAGUUCAAGCGAAACAUCCGGCCCCUGGCAGCUCUGAGCUUUUCCGCCGUACUGCAGGCCACCUGGGAGUACAUCAUGCUGUCCGACUAUGAGGGACUGCAAGACGGCGGACUGGCAGGGAUGCUAUGGAGUUAUGUAUGGAGUUCGAUCGGAUUCGGAUUCAUCAUCGUCUCCCUGGCCGAGAUGGCUUCCAUAGCCCCCACGUCUGGCGGCCAGUACCAUUGGGUCUCGGAAUUCGCAUCGCCCCGAUACCAGAAAUUCCUCAGCUACGUGACCGGCUGGAUGUCCGUUCUGGCCUGGCAGGCGGGCACCGCGUCCGGCAACUUCCUGGUGGGGACCAUCAUCCAAGGCCUGAUCAGCGUGCGGGACCCCAGCUACGACCCCAAAGGCUGGCAGGGCACCCUGUUCGUCUUCGCCAUGAUCCUGAUCACCUACCUCUUCAACGUGUACGCGGCAGGCCUCAUGGCCCGCAUGCAGAACCUCCUGCUUGCCACGCAUAUCUUCUGCUGGGUGGUGGUGGUGGUGGUCCUGUGGGUGCUGGCUCCUCUGCGCUCCGCCGAGGAUGUCUUUACCGACUUCCAGAACUUCGGAGGCUGGUCAUCCAUGGGCUUGACCGUGAUGGUCGGCCAGCUGGCGGCCAUCUAUGGCUGUCUGAGCUCCGAUGCAUGCGCGCACAUGUCCGAGGAGAUCAAAGACGCCGGACGCUACGUCCCCAUCGCAAUCACCUGGUCCUACUUCGCGAACGCGAUCAUGGGCCUGGUCGCACUGAUCGCGAUGCUCUUCGCGACGCCGUCCGUGGCAGACGCACUGAACGACGACACCGGCUUCCCCUUCAUCUACAGCUUCAAGCAAGCCACCAACACCGCGGGCGUCAACGGCCUGACAGCCAUCAUCCUGAUCCCCGUCAUCCUCAGCAACAUCCUCUUCAACGCCUCCACAGCGCGCCAGACCUUCUCCUUUGCGCGGGACCGCGGCCUCCCCUUCGCCCGCUGGAUGGCCCAAGUCGACCCGAAGCGCAAGCUCCCCGUCAACUCCAUCAUCGUGACCUGCAUCAUCAGCUCCCUCCUGUCGCUGAUCAACAUCGGGUCCGAAACCGCCUUCAACGCCAUCGUCUCCCUCAACGUCGCCGCCCUGAUGUUUUCCUACAGCAUCUCCAUGAGCUGUCUGAUCUGGCGCAAGAUCUUCCACCCGCACACCCUGCCCCCCGCCCGAUGGGGCCUCGGCCGCUGGGGUCUCGCCGUCAACAUCAUCGGCUGGCUGUAUGUCCUUUUCGCCCUGUUCUGGUCCUUCUGGCCCGAGUCGACCCCCGUCACCACGGAAACCUUCAACUGGAGCGUGGUCAUCUUCGUGGCGGUGUUUCUGGUCAGUCUGGUCGUGUAUGUCUUCCAGGGUAGACAUGUCUAUGAUGGUCCGGUCACGGAGGUUAAAACCCAUGGUUUGUGA